AUGGGAUUGGCGGUUGCUAUUCCCAUCGCAGAGGAGACCAAGGCUCUCGUGCCUGUGUUCAAACAUGAUGCAUGCUCGACAAUCGACCAUGUUAUUGACAAGAUCGGCACCAGUACCGAUAUUCUCGCCUAUUUCUCCAGUGGCUAUUACUCUACUCUCCGGGUCUGCAAACGAAUGGGAGGGUCCAACUGUUACGAUGCGGCCCUGGCGAUUGGCUCUAUCUUUAUUUCAAUCGCCUAUAUCGUUGGCCUUGCGACAGGCGCGUACUCUUCCAACAAGCGCGAUAGCACUCGAAGCCUCGCCGGGUAUCUUGAGAGCGCCUUGCGUGCCGAGGGCGAAAUCUUCGACUCCAUUGAUGACAUGUCACAUACUCUUCAAGCGCGCGAUGACUCUGCGGAUGGACAGAUCGAGAUAGCGUCCGGAUAUGGUCAUAUUUUCCUCCCGACCGAUGGAAUCGGCCUCUAUGCUAGUACCUUGACCAAGCGUAGGUCCGGUCAGGCUCUUGGCUUCAAGGUCUCCUACACCACCCGGAUGGAGUCCAAGCUUACCCAUGCACACCGGGUCGACAUAGCCAAUCGUUCGCAGAUGUCGAACUAUAUUGGUCUGUGGAACACUGAUCAUUCAAUAUGCGAGGGUGACUGUCAUAACGAGUGUGAAAUCACGCGGAAUAUACCUAUGUGGAUCCAAGCCCCUGAUCUAUGA